GUUUGUACGGCACACGUGCGUGAUGUGUUGUUACAGGUUCGAUUUAGGUUUAUCUUACAGUGUGCUAGGCUGCGUGAUGCUUGGUGAUGCUGCGCAUUCGAUGCGCAAUUAAUAACAUUUAAAGGAAAUGCGAGUGAUCGAGAGCGGCGUGUGUUCAAUCAAGGAACUCGAUCUCGACGCUGAAGCCAUCCUCGCCUCGACAAAAAUGUACGACCCGGCUAUAUCGACAAUUCUGAUGGGCAUCGGGGCGGAAGAGACAAUCCCCUUAUUUGAGAAAGCCAGUGUGACAAUGAAAAUGUUCCUCCUGCUGACUGAUGACGACUUGAAGAAUAUUGGCGUCAGCCUCUCUCAAUCUCGCAGGGAAAUUCUCGCCGCCAUCAAGAACUUCCACUUGAAGGACUGGGCUGACGAGUCGAUGCCCUCCAUGCAGGGCAUUCCUAUUAGUUUCCAGGAGGGUCUCACCAUCACAAUGAAUUCCCUGAAACAACUGCAGUUGCUCGCCAGCUCCUUCAAAUACGUGUCAGACGGACUGCAGCGCAAUUCGCCACCUGUGCCUGUAAAUAAAGACGUGCCGGCGACCGUGGUGCUGUGCAAAUGUAUCGACGCAGCCAUCACUGUGAAUGAGCUGCUCGGAGCGGAGAUGCACGCUAUGAAAGCGCUCGUAAAUCAGAUGCACCCGGCGCAGGGUGACGAUGCAGAAGCAGAUUACAUCCCCCCGGCUCCACGCCCGAGGCCAACAAACAGCAGAUUCGGCGGCUUCGCACUGACGGCGAUUUCCCUGGCACUGCUCGCCGCCUACGCUGCCGCCAAGACCGAUUUCCUCUUCAAAAGCAAUUGAGCUGAAUUGCACGUCAAAUAAUAAUUGAGAUGUUUAAUUUCAAGGCAAAUAUUUGGUGAGAAAUAUUCAGUGUUUGCUUGUCUGUCAAAUAGACGUUGGCCAAUAAAUUUAUUCUAGUAGAAAAAUAAA